CUCAACACAAAAAUGGCUCUCUGUGUCCCUCUUUCUCUCACUCUCUCUCUCGGUCCGUGAAAGAAGGGAAAGAUGCUACCAAUGGCGAUUCAACCCAACCUCAGUCCUUCUCUGAAGCCCUUAGCGUUCCCUUUACAGAGCUUCUUCCUUAAACCCUUUGAGAAAGCCCCAAUCUUUGCAAGGCCACAUUCACUCUCGCACUCCGUGUUAAAACAACCGAGUCGCCACAGUCACAGUCAAAGGACGAGAAUCUUCAAACUAUCUGCAUCAGCGUCAGCUGAAGCAGCUGAAGCAGCAGUAGCUGAAGAUACUCUCUCAGAUGAUGAUUCCCCUUCCGAAUCCCCUCCGGAUAAAGAGAAACUUGGGGUGGUUGUGAAGUCAUUGGAGAAGCCGCGGUUAGUGUUGAAGUUUAUUUGGAUGGAGAAGAACAUUGGCAUUGCACUUGACCAGAUGAUACCGGGACAUGGCACCAUACCAUUGAGUCCAUACUACUUUUGGCCGAGGAAAGAUGCUUGGGAGGAGCUAAAACUGUUACUUGAUAGCAAGCCCUGGAUAUCUCAAAAGCAGAUCAUCAUUCUUCUCAAUCAGGCUACGGAUAUCAUUAAUUUGUGGCAGCAGAGCGGGGGUAAUCUAGCAUAAGAUUUGAUGGUUCCUUGAUGUUGUAAUUUUACUUGUAUUCUACUGGGACUUACCAUGGCGGGUGAAUUCAUAGGCAUACAUGCCAAUAGAGAGUUGAUGUAAAUAGCUAAUCUUUUGUAGUGAGAAGAGUGUUCUUAGAGGUAGAGCUUUCCAGUUUAACAACCAGAACCCAGAAAGAUGUGAAUCUGUUUACCAUCUUUUUCUUCAUUGUGAGUUGGCCAAGACUUUGUGGGAUGAGAUUUUUGGUAGGACGGGUAUUGCUUGGGUGAUGCCUAAGCAAGUGGUGGAUCUUUUAGCAUGUUGGCAAGGUUUUAAGGGGAGUAAUCGCAUUGUUUCCAUAUGGAAGAUGAUUUAUUCCUUCAUGUUUGAUGUGAUGCUUAUGGUUGGAAAGGAAUGGACGGUAUUUUGAAGAUAAAGAACAUUUGAUGGGAGCACUUAGGGAGUUUUUCUUUAGUACUUUGCGUAUUUGGGCGAAAGCUCUUGUAUUGAAUGGAGUUAAUCUUCAUGAUU